AUGUCCUCUGUACCCAAGUAUCCUUUCGUACUCAAGUUUCUUGUUUUCAGGCGUCAUCUGAUUUCUCGUGCCGAAGACGCAGCCAUCUCUUGCUUUGCUCACAAUCUCAGGCAUUUAUUUUGGCGAGAAGGGGUGAACUCGGCUUUCGUAAUCGCCCUUGAUCCUGGUUUUUCCGCUUGCAAAGCGGCUCUUUUAACUCCUACAGGUUCGGUCAUUGAAACUUCCGAGUUUUCGUUCAAUACUAAGUCGUUCAAUGGACGUGCGGAAGCUGUACUGAAAGAAUGGACUGAGCACGCUGGUGACAGACCCGUGGUCGUUGCUAUCGGCAAUGGUAAAGCAUCACUGGAGACACAGCAGGCCAUUGCGAGCAUGAUUCGCAGCAGAAAAUUCGCACCUAAAGACGUCAAAUUUUGUGUUGUUCCUGAAGAUGGCGCGUCAAAGUAUAGCAUCACACCACUUGCCGAGAAGGAUCUGCCGAAUAUGCCGCCGACUCAGCGAAGCGCAGUAUCGAUCGGUCGUCGGUUAAUCGAUCCGAUGGGUGAGUAUGUGAAAAUUGAUCCGAAACAUCUUGGAAUGGGCAUGUAUCAGGUGUGCUGUUUCUUUUUAUUCGCUUUGUUUAAAUUACGUAUCCGAAAUUGGAAGGGCGCGUGUAGCGCAGUGGUCGGAGUCGCCUUGCGGCACACACGUGGAAUCGAUCUCUGCGCUCAUUCUCCACCAAGCCUUCCACUCUCCAGGGUCGGUAAAUUGGUACCAGACUUGUCUGGGAAGAUAGCAGCACUGGAUCGGUGCAUCAGUAGGCCACUGCGGGUCAUUGUAAAGGCCAGAUAUGUAUUCAGCCACCUCCAAAUGAUGGUUAGUGAAGUUGAAUGCAUGGCGUAUCCCUCAGGGAUUGAUCAACGCCGAGAGCUUUGUCCUUUAUUUACCCUUUAUUCAAAAUCGGAGAUGUGA